CCUAUCUCCUCCAACCUUAUCCGACCCAAUCCAUCGUUCUUUCCUCUCUACCAGUUUACUGGUUCAUUUCCUUUCAGAUGGGUCUCUACUGUAUUCAAAGCAAUUAAAGUUUGAAUUUUUCAUUGAGAUUGAGCAAAGACCAAGAUAAAACUCCCCAAUGGCUGCAGUUGCAGGUGCAUCUUCAUGGCCAUCUAAGCUCUCUCCUGUUGCCUCUUUUACCCCACCCUUACCCCACAAGAUAACACUGAAUAUUUGGACACUUUCAAUUACCAACCACUUGAGAGGACAAGCAGAUUCAGAAUACCCAAUUUCCACAACAAAACAUUGCAAUAACAAGGCUAAUUUCUCACACUUGACACCCUUAUAUGCAACCUUGAGACCAAAAGGGUUUGGUCCCUCCCCAAAGAAAACUAAGAAGCCCAAGAAACCCAACAAGCCGAGAGAAGAUGAUGAAGAUGAGACAGAAGAGGAAGAAGAAGAUGAUGGAGAGGAAGGUGUAAUACCAGAGAUAGUGACAAAUAGGAUGAUAAGCAGGAUGGGUUUCACAGUUGGGAUUCCUCUGUUCAUUGGGCUGUUGUUCUUCCCAUUCUUUUACUACCUCAAAGUUGGUCUGAAAAUUGAUGUUCCCACAUGGGUUCCUUUCAUUGUGUCAUUCAUCUUCUUUGGAACAGCUCUCCUUGGUGUCAGCUAUGGGAUUGUGUCCUCUAGUUGGGAUCCAUUGAGAGAAGGGUCUUUCUUGGGUUGGAAUGAAGCUCAGAAAAAUUGGCCUGUAUUUUGGCAAUCUCUUAGGGGUGGAUCUGGAAAGAAGUGAGGCAUAUGGUAUUUGUCUCCUGUAGUUCCAACAGAUUUUGGUAGAAAUUUUGAUGAGCGUUAUUAAUAGUUCAUGCUGCAAAAGUAUCUAAUUGCUUUUGAUUUUGUAUAUAUAUAUAUAUAUAUAUAAUAUCAGGCUUUUUUUCUUA